AUGAUCUUUUCUGUGAUCCAAAUAUCUGGCCAAUACAUGCAGAAUUUAGUGAAUGGAUUUGGUUUCCCAGAAACAGAAGCAAGGAAACGACCCCCACUUAAGAAAGUGCAUAUUAAUAGUUGCAAGAUAAUCAAGGUUUUUUAUCAGAAUGUCCGUGGGCUGAGGACUAAGCUGGAUCAUUUUCGGAACAACCUCUCCAUUGCCACGUCGGAGCUGUAUGCGAUCACAGAGAGCGGCUGCAAUGAUUCUAUCUUUGAUGCCGAGAUCGUGCCGCCCGCCCACGACAUAGUGAGGUGCGACCGGAAUGACGGGCGUAAACAGGGCGGCGUGUUGCUAGUAGCUAAACCCACCUAUGAGCUUAGAAAACUUGAACUUAAAAACAUGAUUAUCGAUAAUGAACCAUUUGAGUUAGGCGUCGGUUCGGUGGAGGUGAGUCUGUCGGACGCGCCGCUGGUGCCCGUGGACGGCCACCACCCGCCGCUCGCCGUGUCCGUGCGGCUGCACUCGGCCCGCGCCGCCGCGCCCGCGCCUGCGCCGCCCCCCACUUCCGACUUUAACUCCACCGAUACUCCUUUUUAUCCCAAAUCAUUCUGGAAAUUCGUGAAGGCUAAACGUAAAUCCUCAAAUAAAUUAAAGAUUGAAAAGGACGGGGUGGUUCUGAGUGACAAAGAGUGCGUAAGCGAGUUCGCAAAGUAUUUCCACUCUGUUUACAGUGUCAGUCCCCCGAAGCUCAGUGUGCAGGAGUGCUUGUCGGGUGCGGACGGCGGCGCGGCGGGCGGGGGGGGCAUGGAGAGUGCGGCGCGAGUGCACCUCGAGGCCAAUCUGCGCGAGGCGAGCGUGGAGGCGGCGCUGCGCGCACUGCCACCCAAGACCUCGGUGGGUCCGGACGGCAUCCCGCCAUUCCUAGCGCGAGAUUGUCGCAGUGCCUUAGCAGCCCCUCUCUGUCACAUAUACAACCUUUGCCUAGAAAAAUCUACAUUUCCUGUUAGGUGGAAGAUCACUCGUGUUACACCGGUACCAAAGGGAGGUGGUGGCACGGAUGUUAGCUACUACCGCCCGCUUGCGGUGCUGUCUACCUUUGCGAAGGUUUUUGAGUCGGUGUUGUUCAAAUCCAUAUACUGCGAAAUUCAAUGUCAUGUAUCUGAUGAACAGCACGGAUUCCGUUCGGGUCGUAGCACUGCAUCCAAUCUGUUGAACUUUAUAACUACUAUAACGCCGUGGGUUGAUCAAAGUAUACAAGUAGAUGCAGCCUACUUCGACUUUCGUAAGGCAUUUGACUUAGUGGAUAACGACGUUUUGCUGCGUAAAUUGGCGAAUAUAGGGUGUACGCCCAAAACCCUUGAAUUCUUCGCCAGCUACUUAGGAGACCGGAAACAAUAUGUUCAAUGUGGAAGAAACGUCUCGGAACCCUAUUGUACAUAUUCUGGGGUAAGUCAGGGCAGUAAUUUGGGGCCAUUACAGUUCAUUAUAACAAUCAACGAUCUGCCGAAGGUGGUGAAGUCGUCUGGUUGUUUACUUUUUUCUGAUGACCUGAAACUGUUUGCGCCGGUUACUUGCGACGAGGACCGAAAACGUUUUCAGAUGGAUAUUGAUGGAGUUCUGGAAUGGAGUAAAGUGAAUAAGCUCGAUUUCAAUGUUGCAAAAUGUAAUAUUAUUAGCUUUAGUCGCAGUACCAACCCAGCUCACCAUCGGUAUACUCUGGGAGGCAGUCCUCUGUCGCGAGUAACAUCGGUGCGUGACCUCGGGGUGAAAAUGACGUCUGAUCUUUCCUUCCGCGAACAUGUUGGGGAUAUAUGUAAAAAGGCGUACAAAAUAUUAGGAUUUGCACUGCGAACGGCUAGUGGGUUCAAGAGUUUUGCGGCAAUAAAAACCAUUUUCAACUCGCUGGUGCGCAGUAAAUUGGAGUUCAAUGCUGUAGUCUGGUCACCCUACGAAGCGAAGUAUACACUGAUGCUUGAGAAGAUCCAGAAUAAGUUUCUAAGAUUCUAUUAUAUGAAACUAUAUGGUGUUUAUCCCGGGUAUCCAGCGCUGUACCCAACGCUCUUUGUCCUGGGCAUGGUGGAUUAUAAUAGGUUGGAGGUUAGGCGAGAUCUGACAAUAGUCUCAUACCUUUUCAAGUUGCUGCGAGGUAGGGAGUCAAACUCGGUCAUUUUGCAGCAACUGAACCUAACGGUUCCGAGAGAUUAUUUGAGGCGACGUCUGAACCGAACUUUUGACGUUCCGAAUGGCAGGACGAACCUCCUCCGGCAGGCUCCCCUGACCCGGGCCAUACGGUUGCUCAAUGCCAUAGAUUCUAAUAUCGACAUAUUUUACUGCUCCCUGAGUGAAUUUACCAAGGCGGCUCUUUAUAUUAUUGGUUAUAAGCAUGUUUGA